UCAUACGUUUGACAUUUGAUCGCCGAAAGCCAGGCGUACAGUACGCUGAGUUACUGUAACCUACAGCAUCAUCAUGAUACCGGAGUGGCUCUUGUAUAUGGUGUUUUACCUUUUUUCUGCUGUUUUUAUAGCAUUUCUUGUAUACUGUCUGUAUAUUCAUCAAGUUCACCAGAAAUAUGAUCAUAUACCUGGACCUCCAAGAGACAAUUUUCUGCUGGGUCAUAUUCCAACUAUUAACAGAGUGACAAAGUCGGAAAGACAUAUAAACGACUUAUUUCUUAUAUGGGCUGAAAAAUAUGGCCCUGUCUACAGGCUGAACAGUUUUCAUUAUGUCAUAAUCAAGGUUCAUUGCCCCGAGGCUACAAAGACAAUCAUGAUGUCACCAAAGUAUCUCAAAGAUCCCUUUGUCUACAAACGCCUCUUUAGCUUGUUUGGAAAAAGGUUCCUGGGAUAUGGUCUGGUGACAGCCACAGACCAUGACAUCUGGUACAGGCAGCGUCGCAUCAUGGAUCCAGCCUUCAGCAGCUCAUACUUGCGAGGCUUGAUAAGCACUUUUAACGAGAUGUCAGAGCGCCUGAUGGACAAGCUGGAGGAAAUGUCCAAUAUCAAAACACCAGUUGUCAUGCACGACCUGGUCAACUGUGUUACACUUGAUAUCAUUUGCAAGGUUGCUUUCGGUGUUGAUUUAAACUUGUUUAAGCAAACAGACAACCCUUUCCAGAAGGCAAUAGAGCAGUGUUUACAGGGUAUGGUGUUAGAUCUUAGAGACCCAUUUUGUAAGUUUUUUCCCAAGAAUUGGAAGACUAUACAGCAAACUAAAGAUGCUACUGUACUCUUGCGUAAAACGGGAGAGCAAUGGAUACAAAACAGGAAGACAUCAGUGGAAAAUGGAGAGGACGUCCCCAAUGACAUUCUCACACAAAUCCUCAAAACUGCAAAGGAGGAAAAAGUUAAUAACACAAAAGAUCAUGAGCAGAUGUUGGACAAUUUUGUGACUUUCUUCAUUGCGGGACAAGAGACAACAGCCAAUCAACUCUCAUUUGCAAUCAUGGAAUUAGGGAGACAUCCUGAGAUAUAUAAACGAGCUAAAGCAGAGGUGGAUGAAGUCCUUGGAACCAAAAGAGACAUUUCAUAUGAAGACCUUGGAAAAUUCCCUUAUUUGUCUCAGGUGUUGAAGGAAACCCUGCGUCUGUACCCCACUGCACCAGGAACCAAUCGCUGGCUUCAUGAGGACAUGGUCAUUAAUGGCAUUAAAAUUCCUGGAGGCUGUUCUGUUAUUUUCAGCUCUUAUGUCGCCCAAAGACUGGAAAAGUAUUUUAAAGAUCCGUUGAAGUUUGAUCCAGAGAGGUUUGAUGUGAAUGCCUCAAAGCCUUAUUACUGCUACUACCCAUUUUCACUUGGUCCACGAUCCUGUCUGGGGCAGGUCUUCUCACAGAUGGAGGCAAAAGUUGUGCUUGCCAAACUGCUCCAGAGAUUUGAGUUCAGUCUGGUCCCUGGACAGUCUUUCGACAUUAAAGACAUUGGAACUCUGCGGCCCAAGAGCGGAGUGAUCUGUAACAUUAAGCAGUUAUAAGAUGCUUAAAGCACUUGUUUUGUGACAACUGUUAUAUUUUUUAAAUGAUUAUGAGAAAAGAGAAGAUAACCACAGUUAAAUUACUUUUGUUUGUGUAAUGCUGUUUUGAUAUUAUGUUAAAGAAGAUGCAAAUGCAAAUGAACCCACAACUGUAGAGAUUCAGAUUCUGCUUUAAAACACCUUUAAAAGAUAACAUUUGUGUCAUUGUUCAGAUCAAGUCAGUUUAGUGUUGGUUCAGUUCAAAUAAACUCAAAUCAAGUGUGAAUUUAGAUUUGAAAUUUGGUUCAGAUACAAGCAGUUUCUUCUAAAGUGCCCUCAAUCAGCCUUAAUCAGCUCAAUGAGGUUGCUUUAAUUUAUUCUAACAAGUUAAUCAGCUUUUAACUACAUUUUUUACAGUUAUACAAAGUUUAACUGAAUAUUUUUGUCAGUUAGUUUGAUGUAAGUCAAUCCAAUAAGUUCUCCAGGAACUGGAUCUGUGAAUUAAGAUGACUAGAAAAGUUUAUUUGAUUCACCUAAAAAAUGUAAGGCAGCAAUAAUUUUUUACAGUGUUUAGAAAUGUAUGUGCACAUUUAUAUGUUCACAAUAAAUAUGCACAGUACACGCACAUAAUAUGUAAAUAUAAACCUUUAUUUUGUACAUGAUUAAUCAACAACACUAAUAUGUAAAAGAAUCAAUGCACAGAAUCGUUUUACAUGGUGCUUCUGUAGAAGCAGACUAAAUAAAGUUGAAAUCAGAAUUAUUAAACCUCCUGAA